UACAUUUAUAUCUAAUAUACAGUGGCGUAUUUUGGGGGGGUGUCCUCCAUUUCUGGACACCCCCCGACUUAAAAAAAAAAAUGCAUAACAUAUUGGUAUUACCUUUUUUUUAUAAUAUACUAUAAAAUAAAUGGUAUUUUAAAUAAAUAACAAAAUUUAAGAUAAUUUGAUAGGAUUCGACGACACGUAUUUAUCUACAUUUUAUCAGAUUCUAGAGAUAUCUAGAAAUUAUUUGAAUUUCACUGGGUCAUAAAGAUAACAAAAAUACACGCAGGAAAAAUAUAAUAACAACGGAAAUAUUCUGAACUUGUAGCUUAUUUUGAAAUCUAUUUCAUAUAGUUUAUCAGUUUAGAGAAUUAUACAUUUGAAUAAUACUAUUAUUUGACAUUCAUUUUUUCGUCGACCGUCGAGCAUACAGCUAUAACGUGCCAUAAAUUUUACAGAUAUCCGGCAGUCACUACGACGAUGGCAGUUAGAGUAAAAAUGCCGCACUGCCGCCCGAGUGUUUCAAUCAUAUUAUGUAAUAUUAUGACUGGGUGUAGCUGAGGGAGCCAAGUUUGCGAUAAUUAAGGAAAAAAGUGUUGUAAAAUUAUCAAAAAUGGCACAAAAAAAGCAAGGAUCAAUUACUUCCUUUUUUAAGUUAACACCUACUACCUCAUAAUUUAAUUGAACUCAUAACAACAAUACUCUUAUGAAAACGAGCAUCUUCGCCAGUUAACUCGAUUGACUCUGCUAAAAUUUGUCGCACUUUAAGUUUAGAUACAAAAGACUCAAAUAAUAUUUCUUUUACUGAGGACACAAACUAUAGUAAUAAUUAUGAUAUUGAAUUUUAUAUUAACCGUAAGUUAUCGAACGAAGAUAUCUUAAUUGUUAUGACGAAAAUUUGGAUGCCAAAUAUAUCAUUCAAAUUCCCACAAAGACUAUAUACAGUUCAAAAUAAACCAAAAUACUUAAAGUUCCAGUAUUCAUGGCUAUUAAGAUUCCCUUGGUUGGUAUACUCGAUAAAAGAAAAUGGUGCAUUUUGUCGAAUCUGUGUAGCUUUUUCCAAAUCGAAUGAAAAUAACGGACAUAUCUUAGGUGCAUUAGUAAAAAAAAAAUAUGAUAAUUGGAGAAAUGCUAUUGUUGAUUUCAAAGAACAUUCUAACAAGGGUUACCAUGAAACGUGUGUGUUAAGUUCAGAUAAUUUCAUGGAUGUUGUAAAACAUCCUGAGAAAUCUAUAACGUGUAAAAUAGAAACUGGAAGAGCUGAACUAAUUAGAAAAAAUCGAAAAAAUAUAACUCCAAUAAUUCAAACCGUAAUUUUAUGUGGUAAACAAAAUAUUCCUCUCAGAGGACAUCGAGAUUCUGGGAAAAUUAUUGUUGAACAAGAAAAUGACAGGCUUAUCCAAGAAAAUCAGGGAAAUUUUAGAGAAAUAUUAAGAUAUAGAGCCCAAGGAGAUAAACAUUUAAAAUCAUUUUUGGAAGUUGAAGGAACAAUAAAAUAAACAUAGAAGUUGGCAUUGAUACCAGUGAAGUAAUUGAUAAUCUAAGUAAAAAGAAUAGACGCCUAGAUCUUAUAUUAUAAAUUUAGUUUUAAAGUUCAAAAAUUGUUAAUUUUACUAUAAUCUUUAAAAUAUAAAAAUAUAAGAAAUAAAGAUCAUGAAAUAUUAAAAUAGAUCUUAAUAUCGUAUCUUCACAACAAUUUAAAAAGUAAUUAAAAAAAAAAAGUUGGUUAUCACUUAUCAGUAUUAAGUAAUAUAACAUCUAUAUUCUAUUAUUAAUCCUCUUUCUUAAUUAUAAAAAAUAUAAAAUAU